AUGAACUACCAGUCUCUCAGCAUGGCACGCGAUGCCUCUGAACCCGAGAUCGACACAGGGAGCCGGCCAUCAUCGCGCUCCCACUCCGAUCCGGUCUCCGCAGCGCGACCAACCACCUCCGCACAGAGCUUCACGCCCCGCUCUCUCAUCGUCGGCUUGUUAAUCGGCGCCUUGAUAACCUUCUCCAAUACAUAUUUCGGACUGCAGACGGGAUGGAUUAGUACUAUGGCUAUGCCGUCGGCUUUGAUCGGGUUUUCGGUCUUCAAGGUCCUGGCGAACCAUCUAUCGUUCCCGUUUACGCCGAUUGAGAAUGUCUUGAUUCAGACUGUUGCUGGAGCUGUGGGGACUAUGCCUCUUGGGUGUGGGUUUGUGGGUGUGAUUCCUGCUUUAGAGUUCUUAUUGAAAGAUGGCGAGGAUGGGCCGAAUGGGGACGGUGGAGAAGGUGAGGGUGGACCUCUCAAGCUGGGUUUUUGGAAAUUGGUUGUUUGGAGCUUGGGCGUCUGCUUGUUUGGCGUGGUUUUUGCCGUCCCACUCCGGAAAGAAGUCAUCGUGCGGGAGAAAUUGAAGUUUCCGAGUGGUACUGCUUCGGCGUUGAUGCUCAAGGUCUUACAUGGAGCUGGCAAGGAUGAGAAGACACCGCUCGAGCCUCAGGAUCGCAUUGUUGAAGCGGAGGGGCCUAGCGAAACUACUCGCCAGCGAGAAGAGGAGCAAGGUCUGUUGAUGAAAGACGUCGAUACUGAAGAUCAAGCCGCCCAUCAAAAGGAUUGGAGGUCGAAGAUGCGCCUCUUAGUUGGUGCUUUCGUAGUGUCUGGUGUUUACACACUCUUCUCAUACUUCGUCCCUUUGGUCCGCGACAUUCCUCUGUUCGGCAUGGGUCUCGCCUCUAAUUGGCUAUGGACCCUUAAUCCAUCGCCUGCAUACAUUGGUCAGGGUAUCAUCAUGGGCCCAUCAACAUGUAUGCAUAUGCUUUUCGGCGCGGUAUUAGGAUGGGGUAUUCUUUCUCCGCUGGCCAAGGCUCGCGGGUGGGCGCCAGGACCCGUGGACAGCUGGGAGGACGGUAGUAAAGCAUGGAUUGUGUGGAUCUCUUUAGCAAUCAUGCUUGCCGACUCCCUCGUCAGCCUCGGCUGGCUCGUGGUCAAGCCCCUGGUAAACCGCGCUCCGACAUGGAUGGCUUGGUUCAGAUCAACUCGUGCCGGUCGAUGGAUUGCAUUGCGGUUGCAGUCUUCCAGUUCCCACCAGCACUCUUACAUCAAUUAUUCCUCAUUGGACUCCAAUGGCAAUCCUUUGUCUGAUAACGCGGCUCCCGCCACGAUUGUUGAAGAAGACGAGGAUGCGCCUCCGUCACAGCUUAUCUCAACCCGCACAGUGGUGAUUCUCCUCCCGUUAACCCUAAUCUUGAACGUCAUCUGCAUGCAUUAUGUUUUCGGCGACAUCAUAUCCCCAGCCUUAUCAAGUCUCGCGACUGUCAUCGCAGUCCUUCUAUCCAUCAUGGGCGUGCGCGCCCUAGGCGAAACAGAUCUGAACCCAGUAUCUGGAAUCAGCAAGCUCACCCAACUACUCUUCUCCCUCGCCACACCAGCUUCUCACUUCUCCCGACGAACAGCACUGGUCACGAAUUUGCUCGCAGGGGCUGUCUCCGAGUCUGGUGCACUGCAAGCAGGUGAUAUGAUGCAGGACCUAAAGACAGGCCACCUCCUCGGGGCAAGCCCUAAAGCCCAGUUCUACGGCCAAAUGAUCGGUAGUGUUUUCGGCGCUGUGCUAUCUACAGCUGUUUACAAGAUGUACGUCAACGUCUACGAAAUUCCUGGAGACAUGUUCCAGACGCCGACGGCAUAUGUUUGGAUCUUUACCGCGCGCCUGGUCACUGGUCAAGGCCUGCCUGACAUGGCUUGGCAGGCGUCUUUCAUCGCAGGCCUUAUCUGGAUGGUUCUUACAGGCGUCCGCAUUGCGGCUGCGUCUCCUGCGUUUGCGCAGAAUGGUAAACCGCCGGCUUGGAGGGACUGGAUCCCUGGUGGUAUUGCUGUGGCGGUUGGCAUUUUCAAUGUCCCCUCUUUCACUCUGGCGAGGGCUAUUGGUGGUGUCAUUGCUUGGUGGUGGGCUCGAAAGCACGCUACUCCUGCUCGGCCUGUGUCUGCCGAGGGUAUCAAUGGAGUUGAUCCCGGUGCUUCGGCAGAGGUGCAAAGUGGGCAGGAGGGCUCUUCGUCAGCCCAGGAACGUGAGAAAGCAGACGCCGCUUCUUCGACUAUUGUCGUCUUGGCAUCGGGUCUGAUUCUAGGCGAGGGGAUUCUGAGUAUUGUGAAUCUCCUUCUUGCCAGCGGGCGUGUGCCUCAUCUCUAA